AUGGGAAAUCAAGCAUCACACAAUAGAUGUCAACGGAAGAAACAUCCGCAUCGAUCGACGCAAAGCAGUACGAAAGCUGAUCGACAAAAUAUUUAUCAACGAAAUAUAAAUUCCCAUUACCAUGCAAUAGAUCAAACCUUAGCUCAACAUUUUAAAGUAUUAAAUUCCAACAGCGAAGUCGAUCAAGCCGUAGCCAAUGCUCAUCGGCAAGCUUUAACGAUAGCAAUGAGAAAUCAUGUCCAUACUGUUUUUAGGAAUUCAUGUAAUGGUCAUCAAACCCAUCAGAUAAUAUACGAUGUUUAA